AUGGAAUUUUUGCAUUUUUCGGAACAAAUGAGCGAACAGAAGUUCAACGGAAGUGCGAACGGGAAUAAAAAAAGAAAAUCUUAUACUUUUGAAUCAGAGUAUGGGGUUCCCGUACGGCAGAGGAGCCAGGCGAAUGCUAGAGAGAGAGAUAGGACACAAAGUGUGAACAUAGCUUUUUCAACACUACGAACUCUCAUACCAACAGAACCAAAGGAUAGAAAAUUAAGUAAAAUCGAAACUCUUCGACUAGCAUCUAGUUAUAUUUCACAUUUAGGAACACAACUAAUGGCAGGCCCAAUAGAUCAACCUUGUUUACGAUUUUUAAAAGAAGACAGCAGUAAUACUUUAAACAGACAUCAAGUCUGUACAUUUUGUAUAGCGCACAAAAAAAACAAAUAGGACAGUUCGUACAGAAGACUUUGAAUGUUCCAAUUUCGAAGGACAGUAUUUCCUAACGCCUGUUACUUCUCCUCAUGGUCGAACAACGAAAACUGUAAUUAAUGCAGAAGAACUAACAACUAUUUAUUAUUCAUAA